UAACCUUCGGUCAGUUGGUUAGUUAAAGAAAUUUUGCUGAAAAUAAUUUUUUGUAGUGCCAUUCAAAAUGAGUGAAAAAGGUGUAACAAAGGUAGCUGUCGUUCAAGCUGCUUCGGCAAUUUUCAACAUUGAGAAAACAAUGGAGAAAGUUGUUAAACUAGCUAAAGAUGCAGCCGAUGCUGGAGCUAAACUUGUUCUAUUCCCUGAAGCCUUUCUGUCCGGCUACCCUCAUUUCCUAGAUUUUGGCAAGCCAGGCGCUACAAACUCCAAAGCACGCGACACAUUCAAAAGAUAUUUUGAAAGUUCUGUCGAUGUGCCUGGACCAAUAGUGACACAGUUGGCCAACAUUGCGAAAGAGAAUAAAAUUUUCAUGGUUGUUGGUGCCAUUGAACGAGCUCUGUCCACACUGUAUUGUGUGACGUUAUUUUUCAAUGACGAAGGCCAAUUUUUGGGAAAACAUCGAAAACUUGUUCCAACAACAGCUGAGCGAUUAGUUUGGGGACGUGGCGAUGGAUCCACUUUACCGGUGUUUGAUUGGCCGAUGGGAAAAGUGGGUGCCGUUAUUUGCUGGGAAAAUUAUAUGCCUUUGGUCAGAAUGACUAUGUAUUCGAAAGGAAUUCAAAUUUAUUUGGCACCUAAUGCUGACGACACGGACGGAUGGCUGCAUUCAAUGCAACACAUUGCACUUGAAGGGCGUUGCUUCGUUUUGGCAUGCAAUCAAUUCAUUCGAAAGAGUGACUAUCCGGCAGACCUAGUCGGAAAGGUCGACUGUGAAAAUGACAUUGUCUGUCGUGGAGGCAGUGUAAUUGUGAAUCCGCUCGGUGAAAUUUUGGCCGGACCAAACUACACCAGUGAAGAAAUUUUGUAUGCCACCAUUGACAUAGGCGAUGUCAUCAAGGGGAAGUUUGAUUUAGACACAGUCGGUCACUACUCACGACCGGACAUAUUUGCACUGACGGUGAACGAAAAAGAGCAAGCUAACGUGACAAUCAACAGGGCACAGAGUGAAGAUUCAGUUCAGACUAGCCUGAAAAAUAUAAAUUUGAGUCAAUAGAGCAAAUGUCCAUGUAUUAUAAUGCGACAAAUAAACAAAUGAUUUAUUUGAA